AUGAAUGGUUAUUCAUCCGAUCGUCCGGCAAAUGGAAAUUACAGAGACUUUCAAAACAAAAAGAAUAAUAAGAACGUUAACGAUCGAGAUUCCUGGAGUUCGAAAGAUUCCCGAACUAAAAAAGACGAUUUUAAUAACGGAGACACACGGCAUAACAAUAAUACCGACCGAGAAAAGGCAUGCGCUAUACAGUGUUUUUUCAACGAAUUUAAUGUCGUGGACAAAAAAGGAUUUCCAGAAAGGGACUUGGUGAUUCCAUUAAUGAACAAAGAUAUUCAGGAUCCAGAAUUGAAAGAUUUUGUCGAGGAGUCAAUUAUAGAAUGCUUUAGUUAUCUUGAAUCAAAUAAGAUAGACAAGUGCGAAUUUUCCCAAAAUCUUUUGAAAUGUGUAGCUGAGAAAGGACAGCAAAAAUGUGAAGAUUGGUAAAUUUGAGAAAGUAGAAGAUUCAUUACAAUGUCUCUGAACACUUUGAAUGACGAC